UCGUGACGUAUAUAUUUUCCUUCUUAUUCACUCGGCCUCGAAGAAAACGACAUUGUAUGUAAGUUUCCCGGGGUGAAAUAGUACAAAGCUAUGUAUACGAAUCAUUUGGUCAAUGUAAGAAUGCGAUCAACACCAAAGAUAAAUUAGGACCGAAGCGUUUUUAUUUAUCUUUAUUUACCUCUAUAACCUUGAGAUGACAGUUCCGGCGGUGGUGCUAGCGCUACAAUGCGCAAGCUUCUCGAUCGUUGAACCGCGAAAUGGUUACCAAAUACGUCCGCGAAGUGAUGAUGUCCACCCUCUGUGAAACACGAGAGACUCGAUAGUGAUGUGAUACUAGUAGAGUAGAGAAAGAAGGGGGAGGGACAAAAAAUAAAAUAAAACGAUAUCGAAAGAAAAGGCUGAGAGUAUCGGCGGAAGGUACAGAGUGAAAGAUAGAGGUAGAAAGAGUGGAACAGAGCGAGAGCGAAGAGAGCGAGCCGAGCGUUCGGCUUGACUCGAGUGCAGUGUACGGUGAUGCCGCGAGGAUGCCACCUUCGUCGGUCCUCUCGACACGAUAUAGGAAGGCGCGACGGUACCCCGUGAUCUGCCGGGGCCCCACGAUUCGACUGUGCCACGACAUUGCGCUAUUACUCGCGCAGUGCGGUGCAAGUGCAAGUGCAGGUGCAACUGUGAAGUGGUGCCAGUUCAACGACGACGAGAACGUACAAGCGGGAUACUACGCGGCGCAAGAAGUCCGACGAUGCGGCAAGUCAGGAAUCCUCCUUGUAUCCGGUGAUUCGCGAGUGACGCUCUCGAAGACAGAUCGGUUAGCGUUCGCGUGUUCGCGCAUGUGUGUCGCUAGGUGUUACGCAGAAAAGAUCGUUCUUUGUUCGAAAACGAGCAACGAAACCGGCGUACGAAUUACAUCUAUAGGAGGAACAGUGAAUUCGUAUUACGACUGCGAAUUCCCACCAGGAUCGAGUAAUUCGAGCUAUCCCGAGCAUCGUAGUUUCAGCAUAUUGGCUGCAGCAGAGAGAAAGCAACAGCUGCGCCAUUAUUUUUGAUCGCAUCUCUGAAGGGGAAAUAUUUAUAAUACCGUCGACGAAGAAAAACGGAACAACAAGGAGAAGAGGCGACCAGGCGUUUAAGAAUAUGAGGAAUGCUGUCACCCGGUCAAGACGGCCAAUCCAACAACAGUUACUCGCACGGUAAUGUCGUUCUUCAAGGUGCACCCUGCGGUCAGUGUCGAGAUUUAUGCCCGGCUGGAUAUGUGCCCCACUUUUGGCGAAAGGUGUGCAGAAGCUGCAGGUGUCCCAGGGAGGAGCAUCAGCGGACCUCGACAGAGGCGGGCGGUCCCUCGGGACUCGGCCUCGGUCCUGGUCCGCCGAUGGCCGUGGCUAUGGCUUUUCAGAGCGCGGCCGCUGGCUCUUCUCACCAGGAACCUUUCAAGAGUCCCAUGCAACCGGCUCCGCCAGGCCUCGCCCUUCAAGACGCCCUGAUGCAUCAUCAGAGGCACUCGCAGAGCGACGAUGACAGCGGUUGCGCGCUCGAAGAGUACACGUGGGUCCCGCCAGGCCUCAGGCCAGAUCAAGUACACCUGUACUUCAGCGCGCUACCGGAAGACAAGGUCCCGUACGCGGGCAGCGCCGGCGAGCGGGAGCGGGUUAGGCAGCUGCUACAGCAGCUCCCACCGCACGACAACGAAGCGCGGUACUGCAGCGGUCUGAGCGAGGAGGAAAAGCGGGAGCUUAGGACAUUCGCCACGCAACGGAAACGCGAGGCGCUUGGACGGGGACACGCGAACCAGCUGGACAGGCCCCACGGCGCCGGAUGCCGCGAAUGUACCAGGCCGAUCGCGGCCGGCGAGAUGGCGGUGGCUGCGAGCCGCGCCGGUCCGUCCGCCCUGUGGCAUCCGGCCUGCUUCGUCUGCUGCGUGUGCAGGCAGCUGCUCGUCGACCUGAUAUACUUCUGGAGGGACGGCAGGUUAUACUGCGGCCGGCAUCAUGCGGAAACGCUGAAACCGAGGUGCUGCGCCUGCGACGAGAUCAUACUUGCCGACGAAUGCACCGAGGCGGAGGGGAGGGCGUGGCAUAUGCGGCACUUCGCGUGCCUCGAGUGCGAUCGCCAGCUUGGUGGUCAGAGGUACGUGAUGAGAGAAGGUAGACCUUACUGUCUCCGAUGCUUCGAUGCUUCGUUCGCCGAGUACUGUGACAGCUGUGGUGAGCCGAUCAGCGUGGAUCAAGGACAAAUGUCACACGAGGGUCAGCACUGGCACGCGACUGAAGCUUGCUUCUGUUGCGCAACCUGCCGUACGUCCCUUCUCGGACGGCCGUUUCUUCCGCGAAGAGGUGCUAUUUAUUGCAGCAUAGCCUGUAGCAAGGGGGAACCCCCGACAACACCGAGCGAUUCUUCUGCUGGACCGCCACCACCACCUUCCUUCCUUAGAACUGGUCGGAGACCACCGCCACCAAGCGAAGGUUCCUCGAGCCCACCACCACCUCCGCCGCCUCCACCACCGCCUGGAUCCAGACACACCCUCUGUUCACCUCGUAACUCACCUCGAAUGAAUAGGAAGCAUCAUCAAAUGUCUGCUUCCCUAGCGACAACACCUACGCAAAGCACUUUGAGUCCUGAAUUCCCUACUGAAGGAUUCCCUUCAAGCGGUUCCAAACCGAGUGGCCUUGACCGAGUGUUGCUCGAGCGGAAUCUUGAGAGACUCCUCCAGGAACGUAGUUCACAUCCAGAGGAAAGCCGCAACGAAUUGGGAAGGUUAAUGCAGGCAAGAGACCGCGAGCCGUUGAGAUGCAUUCAAAAUUGUGCUCCUUCCCACGCGUCAAGCAUGCCAGAGCUGCCUCCACCUCCCCGGCCUCCGUCCGGAGCGUCGGCGUCGGCGUCAACAUCGUCCGGAAUCGUCGCAACCGCGAUUCCCGGGGUCGUGCUGGAAUCGGCGACGUCGCCGACGACCCUCGUCGUCAGCCAAACGGACCCUCCGACGCCGACGUCGCGGCGCGUGCGGUUCCAAGGCGACUUGGACGUGAACGACCAUGUUGCAGGGUCGUCGCGCGUCACCCUAUCGCCCAACAACGAUAGGAAUUCAUCCUCAUCACCCUCUCCACCCCCAGCGUCGCUGCCAAGAACGAAUGUGUCUCGAUCGAGAAGCUUGCAGCCAGAGGAAGUCGCCAGCACGUCCGCCUGGGGUGUCGCUGGGAGCUCAAAAUCAAGGAUAGAGGGCGACGAAGACGACGUGGAGUCUUGCUGUUCUACCUGCAGCUCCUCAAGCAGUUCCGAUGAAGCUGCUGCCUACGCCUUGCCACCGAGAAGAGCAUACGGCGGUGUCAGGAUAUCUUACGUGCCCAACGACGCAGUAGCAUGCGCGAGGAAGCGUACACCGACGUCUUCAAUGCCGAAUCAAGCGCAAAGGGAUGCAGACAAGUGUAUUGUGUCCUGAUGACCCCCUGAAGAGUUUCAAAUCAUCUUUACGUCGAUAUCAAUGUAUUGUCCAUUGAGGGAAACACUUUUACUUCACUGCCAGAUGAUGUGAAGAAGAAAUUCGUGCGAGUCUCGAACCGAUGAACAACGCGAAAAAUAUGGACUAACGCGAUAAAAUACAAGAGUUCCUAAAACCGACGUAAGAUUCGCCAUGUUUCCAGCACUCGAGACUCAGAUAAACGAUUUAAUAUACUCGUGUACAUAAUGAACGUACUUCCGAAAUGAUCGCUCGUGAAGACCGAACAAUCGCGACGAUCGCGCUUCUCCUUCUAUUUUUAAUACCCCGGUGUAUUUGAUAAUAAUAACGAUGAUGAUAACGUUAUAUUUUAUUACCAUUGCCAUUCCCGCUGCGUAAACGACAGUUCACACGGGCGCUGUGUUCUUGUUCGAGAUUCGAUCGUCUUGUCUUGACCAACUUUUUUUAGAUAAUAGUUUGAAAGAAAAAGGUUGGUCAACUCUACAAAGUAAAUAGUAUUUAACCGUGAUGCGACUGCAUGGCGUUACGCUGUAAGUACAAAUGAAGAGCGUUCGGGCCGAGAUGUAGACAAUCUGAAAAGUAUUUGGAAAAUAAAUUGAGACGAAGACUAAUUAAGCAAUUA